ACCAUGGCGGCACCGACCUUCGCGUUCGCGGACUACGUGGUGCUAGUCGGGUUCCUCCUGCUGUCAGCAUCCAUCGGCGUGUACUUCGCCUGGGCCGACCGGCGUCGACAGUCCAACAGGACCUUCCUAACGGCCAAUAAGCAGCUCGGAUGGUUUCCCGUCUCGCUGUCCAUGAUGGCCAGUUUUCUGUCUUCAAUCGCCAUCCUGGGCCUGCCGGCCGAAGUGUUCCUGCACGGUUCCACGCUCUGGAUUAACGUGCUGUCCGCAAUCGUUGCCAUAUCGCUGGCGGCCUUCGUCUUUAUGCCCAUAUACUACAAGAUGGACAUAACUAGUAUUAACCAGUAUCUCGAGCUGAGAUUCAAGUCAGCCGUUGUCAAGGACAUUGCAUCAGGCAUCUUCAUAUUGGCAACGCUUCUUUACACAGGAGUGGUGCUCUAUGGCCCGUCACUCGCUCUUGGAGCAGUGACCGGAAUUCCCGUCUCGACCUCGAUCCUCCUGAACGGUCUGGUGUGCACCUUCUACACCACAAUUGGAGGCAUCAAGGCCGUCGUUUGGACAGACGUAGUCCAGAUGGUCCUCAUCUUCGUCGGCUACAUCAUGGUCAUCAUUUCUGGAGUCUACCACAUUGGUGGCAUCAGCAAGGUGUGGGAAGUUGCCGAAAAAGGUGGAAGGAUAACUUUUCUAAACUUGAGUGUGAGCCCGUACGACACCUACACGAGUUGGAACAUGUUUUCUUGUUGGACGGUGGUCUGGAUGUCCGCGUACUGCGCCGGCCAGACUCAGGUUCAGCGGUACUCGAGCAUCGGUUCGCUCAAGGAUGCCAGAAAGGCGGUGCUGCUCAACGUUCCCGGAGUUUCAAUUACGCUGCUCUUAUCCGUCAUCACCGGCCUCGUUCUGUUCGCCGUCUACAGUGACUGCGAUCCAAGGCUCACCGGAGACAUCAAAAAGGCCGACCAGCUCAUGCCUUACAUUGUUCAAGACCUGCUCAGGGACUAUCCCGGACUAAGUGGGACACUAGUGGCUUCAGUGUUCAGUGGAUCACUCAGCACGCUGUCAUCGGGUUACAAUGCCCUGGCGGCAGUUACGUGGAAAGACUUUAUUGAACCUCGGGUCGAGUUUUCUGAAAAGAAGGCCGUUUUCGUCACGAGGGGCAUCGCUGCCGCCUACGGCCUCCUGUCCAUAUCCAUAGCAUUUCUGUCCGGAACUCUGCCAUCAAUAGUUCAGGCAUCCAACAGUCUCGUGGGUGCCAUGACGGGACCGCUUCUGGCCAUCUUCUUUCUCGGGGUAUUCUUCCCCUUCUGCAAGAAAAAGGGCGUGACGGCGGGCGCCUUGAUCGGAGUAGCCCUGGCCUCGUGGCACGCCAUGGGCUCCAUAGCGUACCCCCGGGCGUCUUACGGACUACCGACCUCCACUGCUGGCUGCGUGGAUUUCAACCAGACGCUGACUUCGGGAUCUUUAGAAACACCACCGAUACCCAACGGCAUCCUCAUGUUCUACCAUAUCUCUUAUGUCUGGACGGGCUGCAUGGGCUUCCUCUCUGCCGUCUUUGUGGGAAUCGUUGUCAGCCUCCUCUUCGAGCGAAGCGAUAAGGCCCAAGUAGACCCGGAGCAUAUCUGCCCGCUCGUCCGCAAGCUGAUGGACAACUACAACCCCAGCAAGACGUCCAAAAAGUCAGAAAACGCUCACACGGUAAGGCAUUUAAUGCAGCAAGUUGUAAGCUUUCGUAGGCAUAAUGACCUGUAA